AUGCAAUCCUCCCCAAACAUGCUCACCAAGUUUGAGUCAAAAUCCUCCCGCGCAAAGGGCAUUGCCUUCCAUCCCAAACGGCCAUGGAUUCUGGUGUCUUUACAUUCAUCAACCAUCCAGCUAUGGGAUUAUCGUAUGGGAACACUCAUUGAUCGAUUCGAAGAGCAUGAUGGCCCUGUCCGGGGCAUUGACUUCCACCCGACGCAGCCCCUCUUCGUCUCCGGAGGUGACGACUACAAGAUCAAAGUCUGGAACUAUCAGACUCGGAGAUGUCUUUUCACAUUGAACGGCCAUUUGGAUUAUGUGCGAACAGUGUUCUUCCACCCCGAACUGCCAUGGAUCCUGUCCGCGUCGGACGACCAAACGAUCAGGAUCUGGAACUGGCAGAACCGAUCAUUGAUUUGUACCAUGACCGGUCACAACCACUACGUGAUGUGCGCGCAAUUCCACCCGACCGAAGACCUCAUCGCCUCCGCUUCGCUAGAUCAGUCUGUCCGUAUCUGGGAUAUCUCUGGACUGCGGAAGAAACACUCGGCGCCGACCACCAUGUCAUUCGAAGAUCAGAUGGCCCGGGCCAACAAUGCACAAGCAGACAUGUUCGGAAACACUGACGCAGUCGUGAAGUUCGUGUUGGAGGGUCAUGAUCGAGGCGUGAACUGGGUUGCCUUCCACCCGUCACUUCCCCUGAUCGUGUCGGCGGGAGAUGACCGUCUCAUCAAGCUUUGGAGAAUGAGCGAUACGAAAGCAUGGGAAGUCGACACCUGCCGAGGUCACUUCCAGAAUGCAUCCGCCUGUCUUUUCCACCCUCACCAAGACCUUAUCCUCUCCGUAGGUGAGGACAAGACAAUCCGUGCUUGGGACCUCAACAAGAGAACAUCCGUCCAGUCCUUCAAGCGGGAUGUGGAUCGAUUUUGGGUCAUUGCUGCCCAUCCGGAAAUCAACCUAUUCGCCGCCGGUCACGACACCGGAGUGAUGGUCUUCAAGCUGGAGAGGGAGCGGCCCGCAUCCGCCGUGUACCAAAACCAAUUGUUCUAUAUCACCAAAGAGAAGCAUGUUAAGUCAUUUGACUUUGCGAAGAACGUUGAAUCUCCGUCUAUGCUAUCACUGCGCAAACUGGGAUCCCCAUGGGUGCCUCCCCGCACACUUUCAUACAACCCCGCCGAGCGUGCCGUGCUCGUAACAUCCCCCGCGGAUGGAGGUGUUUACGAACUGAUCAACCUUCCCCGAGAUGCCACUGGCGCAAUUGAGCCCACGGACGUCAAGCGCGGCCAGGCUUCCUCGGCUGUCUUUGUCGCGCGCAACAGAUUCGCUGUCUUCAGCCAGGCCAAUCAGCAGGUGGAUAUCAAAGACUUGAGCAACUCGACAACAAAGUCCAUCAAGCCUCCGGCUGGAACGACCGACAUCUAUUUCGGCGGUACUGGCAGCCUUCUCUUUAUCACACCCACCUCCGUCGUUCUAUUCGAUAUCCAGCAGAAGAAGCAAUUGGCGGAGUUGGCCGUUAGCGGUGUUAAGUACGUUGUGUGGUCUAACGAUGGGCUCUAUGCGGCCUUGCUCAGCAAGCACAACGUCACCAUUGUCACGAAGGGCUUGGAGCAAGUGAGCAGCUUACACGAGACUAUUCGUAUCAAGAGCGCAGCUUGGGAUGACGCUGGCGUCCUUCUCUACUCUACCUUGAACCACGUAAAAUACUCCCUGUUGAACGGUGAUAGUGGUAUCAUUCGGACUUUGGACCAGACGGUCUAUCUGGUCAAGGUCAAAGGCCGAAGCGUCUACUGCCUGGAUCGUGCCGCCAAACCAAGAACCCUGGAGAUUGAUCCCACCGAGUACCGCUUCAAGCUCGCACUUGUCAAGAGGAACUACGAUGAGAUGCUGCAGAUCAUCAAAACAUCCAGCUUGGUCGGCCAAAGUAUCAUCUCCUACUUGCAAAAGAAGGGCUACCCAGAAAUCGCGCUCCAGUUCGUCCAGGAUCCUCAGACUCGCUUCGAGCUUGCAUUGGAGUGUGGCAACCUCGAAGUUGCCAUUGAAAUGGCUAGAGAACUAGACCGUCCUAACCUGUGGACCCGACUUGGUACUGAGGCUUUGGCUCACGGAAACCAUCAGAUCGUAGAGAUGGCUUACCAGAAGCAACGGAAUUUCGAUAAGCUGUCGUUCCUGUACCUGUCUACAGGCGAUCAAGAAAAGCUUUCAAGGAUGGCGAAGAUUGCGGAGCACCGUGGAGACUUUACCUCCCGCUUCCAGAACGCUAUUUACCGAGGCGAUGUUGAGGAUAGGAUUCAGAUGUUCAAGGAGGUGGAUCUCUAUCCCCUUGCAUACCUCACUGCCAAGGCACACGGCUUGACUGAGGAAGCGGAGUCCAUCCUUGAGGCGGUUGGGUUAACGGCAGACCAGAUAUCCCUCCCCACAAUUGAAGCCCCUCCCCAGGUACCCCAACCUAUUGUCCCUACUUACAAGGCAAGCUGGCCCGUCAAGGCUGCUGCACACUCUUCGUUUGAGAAGGCCUUGCUGGGUGAAGUUGGCGCAGGCGAUGAAGAAGCUGCGGAGCUAGGCUUUGAGCCCGAAGAAGAGGAGGGUGCUGUUACUGCAGGUGAGAUACUGGAAGAUGAGGAUGAAGAUGGUGCGGGUUGGGAUAUGGGCGAUGAGAUAAACGUUGAGGAAGAUGUCGACUUUGUCAACGUUGACAGCGCCGAAGCCGGCGCUGGCAGCACUGAAGCCGACCUCUGGGCCCGCAACUCUCCCCUGGCGGCGGACCAUGUUGCUGCUGGAUCUUUCGACACUGCAAUGCAACUCCUCAACCGUCAAGUCGGAGCUGUUCACUUCGCUCCUCUCAAGCCUAGGUUCCUUGAAAUUUUCAAGGCAUCCAAGACCUACCUCUCUGCAACUCCCGGCCUUCCUCCGCUUGUCAAUUACGUCCGACGAACUGUUGACGAGACGGAUAGCCGUAAAGUGCUGCCAGCUAUCCCCAAGGAUCUCGAGACCAUUGCUAGCGUCGACCUGCAAGAAGGCUACGCAGCGAUGAGGGCUAACAAGCUGGAGGAGGGCGUACAGAUUUUCAAGAGCAUCUUGCACUCUGUUCUUGUAAAUGUCGUUUCGUCCGAGGCGGAAGUUGAGCAAGCGAAGAAGGUUAUCGCAACUGCCCGAGAGUAUAUUCUUGCCAUGACUAUCGAGCUGGAACGCCGCGCUCUUUCGACAGAAACGCCUGAGGGUCUCAAGCGAAGCCUCGAGCUUUCUGCCUACUUCACCAUCCCUAAGCUGGAAGUCGCCCACAGGCAACUGGCCCUCAUGGCAGCCAUGAAGCUUGCGUUCUCUAACAAGAACUACUCCUCCGCCCUCAGCUUUGCUAACCGCAUGCUGGCCAACGGUGGAUCCGCUAAACUCUUGGAUCAGGCCAAGAAGGUCAAGGCUCAAUGCGAGCGUAACCCCCAGGAUAGUAUCGAGAUAGAAUUCGACCAAUUUGCCGAGUUCGACAUCUGCGCGGCUUCCCACACGCCGAUCUACAGCGGGUCUCCCAGCGUCUCAGAUCCGUUCACCGGUGCCAAGUACCACGAACAAUACAAGGGUACCGUCGACCGGAUAUCCGAAGUGACUGAGAUCGGCGCGCCGGCCAGUGGACUGCGAUUGUUUGUCCCUAGCCAACUCUAA